GAACACCCGUACGGCUUAGCAUGAUGCAAUUUCCAAUUUCCAGGAUGAUGCAAGGAAGGGUUCAUCGAUUGCUCGAAGGGUAACAUACAUUGAAUGAUGAGGGGGAAGGCCAAUGCGCGGCGCAGUUCUCCGUCACCAACCCCUGUGAAGUUAGGAGGAGGCUGGAUCCGGGAUCGCAAGAGAGGACAAUCUCCACAGGCCAAGGAUGCCGAUUCGUACGGUCAAAUCUACAGGAGACCGCCACUUCAAGCUACGGACGACUCGAACAAUAAGUGGUCACGCGUCAGCAUACAUCCACGGAAUUCCUUUGAAGAACAUGUAGAAACUUGGGAUCGCGACGUUGCGCGACCAGAGAGCAGAAAAAUGGCGGCUCAGAGAGAAACGACUUCCAAAUCAAGCAAGGCGAUAUUCGGUACAACUGACGUAGACCAGAUAAGCUGGUCUGCCUCCAGAGACAAGGCCCAGUCGCACCCUGAGAUGUCUGGCACCAUCUCUAAGCAACUAAGGCUCGCGAUGGAGGAUUCCUCGACUGGACCCUUACAAAUCUCGAAAGGGAAACAGAUACAUUCGAAAGGAACAGUCGUUGUGAAUCCAGCGCGGAGAGGCGACCGGCCCAUCAAGGCGCAGGUAAAACAGACAUGUAUGCGCACAUUUCUGCAGGGAUCGCGUCACAAGAGCCCAACGUGUGUGGAAAAGGUGCAAACAUUUGCCCGAGGCCCAACUCCACCUAAGUCAGUUUACUCUUCCACUGAACGCAUGCUCGGGCGACCGCAGAACAGGAAGAGCGAUGUAGGCCCGUCCAAUGCGAGCGUAUGGAAACGGACUAUUGACCCUAGUAGUGAAGAGAAUGGGAGUCCGGUCAGCCUUGCCAAGCGGCCGCGCCACAGCGAACCUCCCAUGUCCAAGUACCGAUCCAAUACUCACGAUCACACCUGCUUUAACAUGCCAACGUCGCAGUUUGAGCCACUCAUUGAUGACAACUCGACAGGAACGUGUGAGGACGAGAUACCUAUGUAUACCGGCCCACUGCGAUUCGAGCGAGAAGCUGAAACGACCAGAGGAAAUGACGAAGAUGACUAUGUCGAGUCGCACCCGUCUAUGCUUUUGUCCGACAUAGACUUGGCAAGCCAAACACCUUUCGUUCACGACACACUUCCCGAGUCUCCGAAGCUGGAUUGGCAGCGCAAUCUCAAUCCACAAAUCAUGAACCAAUACCGCCGCCUCAACGGGAUCCAGCCGACCGAGUCGCAAGAGGGAAUCGAGCUUUCGUGGCUCAAGCGCCAAGGCUUGUACCAGAGUCCGCCCGAUCCGGAAGGACCAAGAGCUAUCGCUCUACACGCGAAGAAGAGCAACAAAGCUCGCAUCAAGUCUGCACACCCGCCUGAAACCCCAAAUACACGCUUACAAGAGUAUUUUGAAGAACUUGAGUCGAACGACUCGACCGAUCAGACCCUUGUUUCAACCCGCAAAGUUCCCUUGCAGCCUCCUUCCCCACUACCAUGCAACGAUGUGUCCUCCUCGCCUCUGCAUUUUCUGCCUUCGCAAGGCUUGGUAUCCGCCCCCGCAUCGCCGCAACAGCCGCAACAGCAGACGCUCAGCCCUCAGCGGCGAGUGCACCUCAUGUUGCCGCCGCAGACACCAGUGCGUCGCAAGAGCCAUAUCUCAUCCAUGACUCCUUCAGCGCCAAAGUCGGGCGGACAAGUACAGAGGAAUUUGCCUCCCUUGGAUGCUUCGAACGAAACACAGGCCCUCGAAUGGCUGGAGGACGACGGGCGGACUUCGGCAUCGAUAUCGCCAGCCAAGAGCAAUGUAUCCUCGAGCCCACCCAAAGGGUGCGGCACAAGAACGCCUUUGUUUAAGGCUCAGGCUUCUCCGCAACGGAGAGUGCUCCCAUCUUCGCAGCUCUCAGAAACGCAGCCACUAGCUUGGGCUUCUGAGGACGACAGCGGCGACACCAUAUCGCACGGGACGUGCUCCUCUACGUCUCCGCAGCGUGUGGGAAUUGCCGCGCUUCGGAAACAGCUACGUGCUAAGGCGCUGCUGGAGAUGGAGACUCAGCCUCUCGACUGGCCGUCGGACGAGUCAGAUACUUCCGAAGAGGAUGACCAAACAGUGCGGCCAGUGGGUGUAGAUGCCAAGGUGCUUGUUCCCGAGACCGCCCAUCUUAGGUCGUCGUCUCUGUGCCUGCCAGGCACCGCAAGCGCAUUUUCGCCAGCGCACAGACCAGCCUCGACCGCGACAACGGACCAGGCGCUGGUGCCUGAGACUGUCCUGCAAAACACGUCUUCGCCAUUGCCCUUCUCCCCUACCAAAGACCGCAGAGCUAGCGUGAUAAUCGUGCCGGAGACUAUCAUACAGGAUACUUCUUCGUCACCGCACAGGCUGGAACCCACCCUCAAUUCGUUUGCAGCAAAGCAGGCACCGUCCAGCUCUCCACCUCAAUCUAUGCUGCCAGCAGCGAGUACCACUAUCAAGCCUACCCCGGCAUCGCCCCGUAGGCGGCAGGGCCGACUUGUCGCGUUGGACGACAUCUGGAGCGGGGUCGAGCUCGAAUUCGGUAGUGUUCAAGCAGCAUUCGACCAGGAGACGUUCGAUGCGAACGCCACUCAGCAUCAGAGCAAGCUGAGUCAGUUCGGCUUUCAGCAGGCUUGGAGGGGGGUUGGAUCAAAAGCGCCACCGCAACAGCGGCCAGCAGGACUCGAUGCACCCCAGCACGAGCGCCAGUGGCCGAGCCUAGGGGAAGGCAUGACUGAGGACCUUACCGAUGAAGAGGAGGGGCCCUCGGAGAGCGUGAUUGUGCGGCGGUACCGUGCAGAGCAGCGGGAUCAGGAAAGGUAUGAGCGAGAGCGGCAGGCGGCUCUUGAGGCGAAUCGGAGGCAAUUCCAGUUGGACGGUAUCCAAACUACUGAUGGCACGGCAAAAAACCUGGGUAGAAGCUCUGAUCCUUCUUCACAGGCUGGGUCAUCUCUGACGAGCGGAAGCAUCACGUCUGGGCCUGAUCCGUCACUCGUCAAGAGCAGGCUUAGCGAGCGCAGCAAGGCAAUCCUUUUUGGCUCUAAACAGUGAUUAGUAUCCAUAAGGGCAUGGGAUUAAAGCAAAACUCUAUGUGCGUUGAGCGGACAACCAAGCAGAAGCUACGAACGCACACUGGAGCUGCCGCACUUUCACGAAGUGCGCUCGCCACAUAAUAUUUAUGACUUAAUACGGCAUCUUUACAAUUUCGCAAGUUCUCAUUUCUGACUUCUGGAGGCAAGAUGCAUUCCAGCCCGGCAGCCGCGUUUGAACACAAUCAGACCGUCCGGUGUGUCCUCGCAUCGAUUGCAGCUGACCAACACUCGACAGGUCUGACAUCAUGCCACAUAACAUGACUUGAUUCAGCCAUCGGCAUUCGAUAGUCUGUUGGGCAGCUCGAAAAUACUCUGGAUAUAUGUUUUGACCAUAAGCCUUGCUCGAUUGGAAG